UAUUGGAAAUAGUCCAAAAAUGGAAAAAGAAAACCAACUUAUGCAAGACAUCCAUUAUUCCAAAUUCCAAUAGUAUGACAUAAAUUAUGGAAGAAUUAAAUAACAUAAUAAUAAAUUAAUUACUCUUUUCCCUUGUCUCCAUCCCUUUUCCUUCUCUUUCCUCAACCUAGGAAAGUACACAGGAAAUUUGGGAUUUUUUGAUUUGGUAUUUUUGAUUUGGGAUUUUGAGUAAAAAGAGAAUAUGCCAUUUUUCGAUUGUUUGCAACAUUCCCAGAUACCCAAGUUGGUUUCUUUUCUGUCUUUGAUUUAAAAUAAGUGGGAACAUAAAAAAGGAAGAAAAAAAACCAAGAACACCGACCUUUCAUCCACCAUUAUAAUCUUUGUUUUCGUCAUCCACAUGCACGUUUCUCUCUCCUCAUUCGCUUUCAGGUCAUUAAAGAAGUUGGUUGGGUUCUACAAGAAAGAAGCUGAAUCUAUUGUGCUAAUCGGAGCUGGUUCCAUAUUCUGGAAUGGGCUCUAACAAGGCGGCGGUUGGUUUACUAGAUACAAUUAAAAUGGAAAGCUUCAGGACUAUACUGCCUCAUAAUUAUCCUUAUCCACACGAGCAUUCCCGUCAUGCUAUCAUAGCAGUAGUCCUUGGAUGCCUUUUCUUCAUAUCGUUCGACAACAUGAAUACGUUUAUACAAGGGUUAGACAACAAUAUUAAGUGGUGGUCUAUGUAUUUCUGUUUGUUUGGAUUCUUUUAUUUUUUCUCAUCACCAUUCAUUGGGAAGACAAUCAAACCAAGCUAUUCAAAUUUUAGUAAGUGGUAUAUUGGCUGGAUUUUAGUGGCUGCUGUGUAUCAUCUUCCAAGUUUUCAAUCAAUGGGAGUUGAUUUGAGGAUGAACCUUUCUUUGUUUAUAACAAUCUAUAUGUCCUCCAUUUUGUUUCUGUUUGUUUUUCAUGUGAUUUUCUAUGGCCUUUGGUACCUUGGUCUUGUUGCCCGUGUGGCUGGCAAGAGGCCGGAGUUCUGGACCAUCCUUCAAAAUUGUGCAGUAAUUAGUGUUGCUUGCUGUGUAUUCUAUAGUCAUUGUGGAAAUCGAGCUAUUGUGAAAGAGAGAAAUAGCUCCAGCUGGUUUUCCUUUUGGAAGAAGGAGGAGCGAAACACAUGGAUUGCAAAGUUUUUGCAAAUGAAUGAAUUGAAAGACCAAGUGUGCUCUUCUUGGUUUGCUCCUGUUGGCUCUGCAAGUGACUACCCUUUGCUAUCAAAGUGGGUAAUUUACGGUGAGUUAGCAUGCAGUGGCACAUGUGCGGAGUCACCAGAUGAAAUUUCCCCUAUAUAUUCCUUAUGGGCCACCUUCAUAGGCCUUUACAUAGCAAAUUACGUUGUUGAAAGAUCAACAGGAUGGGCUCUUACUCACCCUUUGUCGAUUAAAGAAUAUGAAAAAUUGAAGAGAAAGCAGAUGAAGCCUGAGUUCUUGGACAUGGUCCCUUGGUAUUCAGGGACAUCAGCUGAUUUAUUUAAAACCGUAUUUGACCUUCUGGUGUCUGUGACAGUGUUUCUUGGGCGUUUUGACAUGCGUAUGAUGCAGGCUGCAAUGAAUACAGUUCAAGAUGCAGAGAAAGGGGAUCCUUUAUAUGAUCAUUUCAGGGAAAAGGACGACUUUUGGUUUGAUUUUAUGGCGGAUACUGGUGAUGGGGGGAACUCCUCAUACAGUAUUGCACGGUUACUUGCUCAACCUAAGCUUCAUGUGAAAGAUGGGGACUCCGUACAAGCUCUUCCUCGUGGCAAUUUGCUUCUUAUUGGGGGAGAUCUUGCAUAUCCUAAUCCAUCUACAUUCACUUAUGAGAGUCGCUUCUUUCGACCUUUUGAAUAUGCCCUCCAGCCUCCGUCUUGGUAUAAAGAAGAGCAUAUAGCUGUGAAGAAGCCAGAACUACCCUGUGGCGUGUCUGAUUUGAAGCACUAUGAUGGACCUCAAUGUUUUAUUAUCCCUGGAAAUCAUGAUUGGUUUGACGGACUACACACUUUUAUGAGAUACAUAUGCCAUAAGAGUUGGUUUGGUGGAUGGCUUAUGCCUCAGAAGAAAAGUUACUUUGCCUUGCAGCUGCCUAAAGGAUGGUGGGUAUUUGGGCUUGAUCUAGCACUACAUGGAGAUAUUGAUGUUUAUCAGUUCAAGUUCUUUUCAGAACUUAUCAAGGACAAGGUUGAAGAUAAUGAUUCUGUAAUUAUUAUGACUCAUGAACCAAAUUGGCUUUUGGAUUGGUAUUGGAAUCAUUCUUCUGGUAAGAAUGUGGCAUAUCUAAUUCGUGACCAUCUAAAAGGAAGGUGCAAGCUCCGAAUGGCUGGUGAUUUGCAUCAUUAUAUGCGUCAUUCCUGUGUCCCAUCAGAUAAACCUGCUUAUGUGCACCAUCUCCUUGUGAAUGGUUGUGGUGGGGCUUUUUUGCAUCCGACUCACGUCUUCAGUAAUUUUAGAAAAUUUUAUGGAACCCUCUAUGAGAUGAAGGCUGCAUAUCCUUCAUGUGAAGAUUCAAGCAAGAUAGCUUUAGGAAAUAUAUUGAAGUUCAGAAAGAAGAAUUGGCAAUUUGACUUCAUUGGUGGAAUCAUCUAUUUCGUGCUAGCCUUUUCAAUGUUUCCUCAGUGCCAGCUCGAUCAUAUAUUGCGAGGAGAUUCCUUCUCUGGUCAUUUGAGCAGUUUAUUUAGCACUGUGUUGGAUUCUUUGUGGUAUGUACUGGAACAUUCUUAUGUGUCCUUCAUAGGGACUCUUCUGUUGCUGAUAACGGCGAUAACUUUUGUCCCAUCAAAGAUCUCACGUAAAAGGCGGAUAGUCAUAGGAAUCAUUCAUGUCUCAGCACACGUUACUGCUGCUCUUAUCUUAAUGUUGCUGUUGGAGCUGGGUGUUGAGAUGUGUAUUCGGCAUCAGCUGCUGGCAACAUCUGGUUAUCACACUUUAUACGAGUGGUACAGACAAAUGGAGAGAGAACACUUUCCUGACCCAACUGGCCUUCGAGCACGUAUUGAACAAUGGACUUUUGGUCUUUAUCCAGCAUGCAUCAAGUAUUUAAUGUUUGCUUUUGAUGUCCCUGAGGUGAUGGCUGUCACAAGGAGCAACAUUUGCAAGAAUGGGAUACAGUCACUGUCCAGAGGUUAUGCUGCGAUAUACUAUGCCUCCGUUUUCCUUUAUUACUGGGUGUUCUCAACCCCAGUUGUGUCUUUGAUAUUUGGAAGUUACUUGUAUGUUUGCAUCAAUUGGUUUCACAUACAUUUCGAUGAAGCUUUCUCCUCCUUGCGCAUUGCAAACUACAAGUCAUUCACUCGCUUCCACAUCAAAUGUAACGGUGACUUGGAAGUUUUUACCCUAGCUGUUGAUAAGGUGCCAAAGAAAUGGAAGUUGGAUCCAAAAUGGGAUGGAGAGCCAAAACAAUCGCAGCAGUCAAGUCAUUGCAGAAAGCACCCAAGCAAAUGGACUGCCACUAGCAAGCACCAGGAUCCAUUAUCCACGGUUAGGAUUAUAGACCAAUUUGUAAUCCAGAAGACUGAAAGCACCGACUUGCUCAAUAAUGGACCAGUUCAGAUCUGACUUCCCUAGGACAUUGGUAACAUAUGUAGAUUUUAUGGUUAGGAAAGCUUCUUAGGUUAAGCCACAGCCCACAGGUAAAUAGUUAAAAGAAAGUAAAAACUUCUUCCCUAACCCUUACUGUAUAUAUUUACUUCAUGGUUAAUUCUCAAGUUCUUUGCAUAUCAGCUGUUGUAUUUGCUUGGCCAUCAAAUAUAGAAUUGAGAGCCAAAUGAAAUCAUUAGCUUGCAUAAACUAUUGAUAGCUCUUUUAAAGUUCCACGGCAAAAUCUGUAGCAGAGAAUGUAAAGUACACCUAUUUGUUUCGUCUGUAAUAUUCCCGUUUGUCGUCCCUUCUACCUAAUUAUCAAGUAAGUUGAAAUACCAAUUUUUGAGGUUGUUA